AUGGCGGAUUUCCUGCCGUCCCGCUCCGUUUUAUCUGUAUGUUUUCCUAACUGUCUCCUCACAAGCGGCGAGGCAGAACAGAUGAGAAAGUCUAAAGAGAUAGAUAAAUGUAUUAACCGGGAUAAGACGUAUGUAAAAAGGUUAGUAAAGAUCCUGUUGCUCGGAGCAGGCGAGAGCGGCAAGUCCACUUUCCUCAAGCAGAUGCGCAUUAUCCAUGGGCAGGACUUCGAUCAGAAGGCCAAAGAAGAAUUCAGAGCCACGAUUUAUAGUAAUGUUAUAAAAGGUAUUCGGGUGUUGGUGGACGCUCGAGAGAAGCUACACAUCCCGUGGGGCGACCCGUCCAACCAGCUGCACGGCGACACCAUGAUGGCGUUCGACACCCGCUCCAUGAUGGCCCACGGUCACGGCAUGGUGGAGUCCAAGGUCUUUCAGCACUACCUGCCUUCCAUCCGAGCCCUGUGGGCCGACCAGGGCCUCCAGAACGCCUACGACCGUCGCCGAGAGUUCCAGCUGGGGGAGUCAGUCAAGUAUUUCCUGGACAAUUUGAAAAGCUCGGAUUAUCCUAACUACCUCCCCAGCCAACAGGACAUCCUCCUGGCCAGAAAACCCACCAAGGGCAUCCACGAGUACGACUUUGAGAUCAAGAACGUUCCUUUCAAGAUGGUGGACGUGGGCGGCCAGCGCUCAGAGAGGCGGCGCUGGUUCGAAUGCUUCGACUCGGUCACUUCCAUCCUCUUCCUCGUCUCCUCGUCCGAAUACGACCAGGUGCUGAUGGAGGACCGGCAGACCAACCGGCUGAGCGAGUCCCUCAACAUCUUCGAAACCAUCGUCAACAACCGGGUGUUCAGCAACGUCUCCAUCAUCCUGUUCCUGAACAAGACGGACCUGCUGGAGGAGAAGGUGAAGCAGGUGUCCAUCAAAGACUACUUCCCCGAGUUCUCGGGCGAGCCCACGAGCCUGGCGGACGUCCAGCGCUUCCUGGUGGAUUGCUUCCGCAAGAAGCGGCGCGAGCAGCAGCAGAAGCCGCUGUACCACCACUUCACCACCGCCAUCAACACUGAGAACAUCCGGCUGGUGUUCCGUGACGUCAAGGACACCAUCCUGCACGACAACCUCAAGCAGCUCAUGCUGCAGUGAGGAAGAGGAGGAGGAGGAAGAGGAGGGGAGGAGAAAGAGGAGGGGAGGGGUGAGUGGUUGGGUGGAGGCUGACAGAAAGUGGGUGUCAAGGUGCCUUUUUUUUUUUUUUUUUUGUCCUUACCCCAGCCAA